CGGCUCCGCGGCCCGGGAGCGCCGGCGCUGGAGAGCGGCGGAGGCCGGCCUGGCGGCGGCCAUGGACCGCUUCGUGUGGACCAGCGGCCUCCUGGAGAUCAACGAGACCCUGGUGAUCCAGCAGCGCGGGGUGCGCAUCUACGACGGCGAGGAGAAGAUAAAAUUUGAUGCUGGGACCCUCCUCCUUAGUACACACCGACUGAUUUGGAGAGAUCAGAAAAAUCAUGAGUGCUGCAUGGCCAUUCCUCUGUCCCACAUUGUAUUCAUUGAGGAACAGGCAGCUGGAAUUGGGAAGAGUGCCAAAAUAGUGGUUCAUCUGCACCCAGCUCCUCCUACCAAAGAACCUGGCCCAUUCCAGAGUAGUAAAAACUCCUAUAUCAAACUCUCCUUCAAAGAGCAUGGCCAGAUUGAGUUUUACAGGCGUUUAUCAGAGGAAAUGACACAAAGAAGAUGGGAGAACAUGCCAGUGUCUCAGUCAAUACAAACAAAUAGAGGACCCCAGCCAGGAAGAGUAAGAGCUGUAGGAAUUGUAGGUAUUGAAAGGAAACUGGAAGAAAAAAGAAAAGAAACUGACAAAAAUAUUUCUGAGGCCUUUGAAGACCUCAGCAAGCUAAUGAUCAAGGCUAAGGAAAUGGUGGAGUUAUCAAAAUCAAUUGCUAAUAAAAUUAAAGAGAAGCAGGGCGACAUCACAGAAGAUGAGACCAUCAGGUUUAAGUCCUACUUGCUGAGCAUGGGAAUAGCUAACCCAGUUACCAGAGAAACCUACGGCUCAGGAACACAGUACCACAUGCAGCUGGCCAAACAGCUGGCUGGAAUAUUGCAGGUGCCUUUAGAGGAACGAGGCGGAAUAAUGUCACUCACAGAGGUGUACUGUUUAGUAAACCGGGCUCGAGGAAUGGAAUUGCUCUCACCAGAAGAUUUAGUGAAUGCAUGCAAGAUGCUAGAAGCACUGAAAUUACCACUCAGACUCCGGGUUUUUGACAGUGGCGUCAUGGUAAUUGAGCUUCAGUCCCACAAGGAAGAGGAAAUGGUAGCCGCGGCCCUGGAGACAGUUUCAGAAAAAGGAUCCCUAACAUCAGAGGAGUUUGCCAAGCUCGUGGGAAUGUCUGUCCUCCUGGCCAAAGAAAGGUUACUGCUUGCAGAGAAGAUGGGUCAUCUUUGCCGAGAUGACUCAGUAGAAGGCUUGCGGUUUUACCCAAAUUUAUUUAUGACACAGAGCUAAGGGUUUUGUAUUUGAAAUACUUUCUGUCCAUACUUUUAUCUGAGAUUGUGUGACACUGAGCUAUGAGAUAAACCCCGAUAAACUGAAGAUUUAUUAGAAUUUCACAGAAUGAUAUAAAACUCUUUUAAUCUCUCCCUAAAUAUUAUGGUUCUGAAAACUUAUUUAGGAUACAUAAAGGAAAAUACAGAAAAAUGAAUGCCAAUAUGAAUUUAAAAUCAUGCUAUAGUUGUGCAAAACCCUCCGAGUUUAACUUGAAAUACAGUAGAUUUUGAUUCCCAAAAGUAACCAUUUAGUGAAGAAGGGAAUUUAAGUCCUUGAAGGAGGAAAAAGAUAAGUUGCAUGUUUGGAUAGGUUAGAUUAUUAAUUUGGUAUGACUAAAAUUCACUAAAUUAUGAAUGUUUUCCUCUGUGUCUGAUGCACCCAUUUUUGGGGGUUUUCUUGAAGGAAGUCAUAGCUACAGUGCAGUUUAAGAACCUGACAACAUUGGAACAAAAUAUCAAACUUUACUAUGCCCCAUGAGGCUCUUCCUAAGGGCUUUUUAAAGCAGUCAUGGGCAUGUCUUUGACAGACCAAACGAAACACCUAUAAAAAAGGAGAGGGCUGGGAGUGUGGCUCUGGAAGAGCUCUUGCCUAGCAUGUAUGAGGCCCUGGCUCAUAGCUCUAGCACAGGAAAAAAAAAAAAAAUUUAAGAAGAAAAUCUUAUUUGACUUACAUUUAUAUUCUAAAUAGGUUUUGUUUGUUUGUUUUUUAAGUGAUGAUUUCAUGGCUGGCAUUUAAAGAAUGCAACUGUGUCAUUUUGUUUAAAAAAUGCUGUGGAUUUUGAAACUGAAUUAAAGAGCUGUGUAGACAUGCCCAGAGUUACGAUUACAAGUUUGGGAGGUAGAUGGCUUAGGAAUUCCCUAGAAUUGUUCUGCGGGUGGAAGGGCAGUGGGAACCUUUAGCUAAUUUCACAGGAACCUUAGUGCUCUAUUACCUGGAAGCCAAGGAUGGGAAGAGAAAGUGGAAAAGUAAUAUGCCUCCUUCUCCCUCCCUUAAGGAAUCUUAACACUGAACUUAAAAAAAAUAUAUUAUAUAUUUCUAUCAUAUUUCAGAAAUAUGUAUUUCUUCUUUGCCUUACACAUUAUAAGUUGUGUGAAGAAACUAUCUUGGUAAAAGGUGUUAAUAUUGAGACAACAAUAACUGGCCAAUGUUGCCUGUAGAGUGCUUGACUUUUGAAGUAGACUGGCUGACUUCAUAUGUUACUGCUCUACAGUGUGCAGUGUAUCAGCAUUACCUCCAACUCAGGGACCCCUACGGGACAGGAGACCCCUUUCUGAGACCGAGUUGGACACAGAAGAGUAGCGUUGUUUUUAGCCAAUUCUCCAGGGGGGAUAGUGUACGAGUGGGGAAAACCCUUGGCACCAAGAGGAGGGAUGCCCAGGUGCACACUCCAGGACUUUCCUACUAGGUGAGGUAGAGGCCACUGCAAAUGCCCUCUUGGGAGGUGCCGAGGUCCUCAGCCACAGAUAAGGGGAUUCCCUACCUCUAAUCCCUUCCUGAAAAGUGUCUGUUGCUGCUUGGUGUUUUCCAGUGUCAUGGGAAUGCUGUGGCCAAGGCAUCCUGCUUUAGUCUUUGUUUUCCAAACCUGUCACUGACUCUUCAUUGUGGUGACAGAUCCCCUAAUUACCUCAUUGCUCAGCCUCAGGUUUAUUUUGGAAGUAAUAGUGUCUGGUCACCCAAGUCUUUUAGGGGGUUAGUUGGACCAUAAUGUAAACUUGUUUGUACAUCUCCCCUCUGGGUUGCACUCACUCUGUCACAUGACUCUGGCAGACUUGUGUGUACAUACAUAAGUACACACACACAAACCACAGUAUCUUGUCUGGCUAGGGAUCUUAAAAAUUAACAGAGAUAAAUAAUAAUCUGUUUCACAUGUUGGAGUAGUUGCAGAUAAGGUUGUUGGAGCUUCUGGAUCUAGUUCUAAUAGUUGGGAUUCAUUACAGCAAGCUGACAUAAUUCAACAUACUAUUUACUUUAAUGUGACAACAGAUGAAAAAAAUGAAACAAUAUGAGUUGUUGAGAGUGAUCUAAAGAAAAAUGACAUGAAUAUGCUUUUCAGAUGUCACAUUAACUAAAGAAUAAGUACAAUUGAUUUUAUUAUUUUAUUUUAAAAAUGGGCAUUUUUUCACUUUUUCCAGACCUCCAUUUGUAUUUUUAUUUUUUGCCAAAUGAGGUGUUAUUUUUAUCUUUUAUUGUUAGAGGUUAUGUUUAGAUACAACCAAUCAGGCCCUAAGUGCAAAAAAGUUCUGCCUUGGUGCUUAUCACUGGUAUAAUUAUUUUUGUUUUCCUAACUUUGCUCAUAGGAGCAUGAAUCUCUUUGUAGCUUUAUGGUAAUGGAGUAUUUCUAGCAUUCAAUAAAUAUCACUUCCUGUCAAGAAAAAUUUUUUACAUUGUAUAAGUGAAGGUUGUUUUCAGGGUUAAAUGACUGAUAUUAAUGUAUAUAUAGUAAAAUGAUUGCAAAAUAUUAAAAUAUUUGAUUUUGAUUUUCUUACCUUGGUGUUCUUUUAUAAAUACUUUGUGAAAAACAUGUGAAAAUGAUAAACUUUUAGUCAUACCAAGCCAGUAUGUUAAGAAUUUUUCUUUUAGAUUUUAUAAUUAAGCAUUGCUUAUAAAUAUUUAUGACUUCAAGUGCUUACUAUUUUAGUUAUCUUUAAACAUGAGAAAUGAGUCAUGAACUGUUUUUUUUUUCCUCCUCUUAAUGCUGGAUGUGAAUCCCAUCGUGUGUAGACCCUGUGUAUUUGUGUGAAUGUCUAGCUCUAGUUCCCUGUCACCAGACCAAGCUGAUCAGAAUGUCGAUUCAUCGUUUCAUCACUCUCAAACUCAUAUAUUUAAAAUGGUUCUCUUUUGCCCACCAAUCUCAGCAUCUUCAAUGGAGUCACAGCUUAUAAGGUGGUUAGGUUUUACAGAAAAUUCGCCUAAGGACAAAAUAGUGCAUGCUCAACAUGAUCCUUGAAAAUCUCUUAAAUUGCCAAUAAAGUUCUCUUUAUAAUCUUA